AUGGCGAGCCUUAAGACCAUUUUCAAGCUCCCAAACAAGGGUACUUGUUUCGAAAACAUCACCAUAAACCCAACGGAUGGCACGCUCCUCGUGACCCGUACCGACUGCCCGGAGGUCUGGCGCGUUGACCCUGUGACCGGGGAGGGGUCGUGCCUUGUAAUGAUCCCUGGUGUAGCCUCUGUCACUGGCAUCUGUCGUCUUAGUGAUCAUACCUUUGCUCUAGGUGCGGGCAAUUUCGACCCUGCCAUGGGGCCCGUGACUGGAUCGUGGAGUAUCUGGAUCCUCGAGCUGUUUCUCAACAACGAGCAGCCCGGUCUACGAAAGGCUGCCGCCAUCCCACCAAUUGGCUUCGUCAACGGAAUUGCCAUGUGGGACGCCAACACUGUCCUAGCUACCGACUGUUCCAACGGAAAAGUCUAUAGCGUCGACAUCUCCGAGAAAGAUACAUUCGAAGUCGCCCUUCAAGAUGAGACCAUGACAGUGCCCGCCGGGGCACCCCUACCCAUCGGCAUCAACGGCAUCAAAGUCCACCGUACGCCAUCUCAAACCUUUGUCUAUUACACCACUACGAUGCGGAUGUCUUUGUAUCGCGUACCCGUCUCAGAUGACAUGAAAGCGACUGGACCAGUCGAGACUGUGUAUUCUGGCUCGGUCGUGGACGACUUUAUCGUCUUGGAAAGCAGUGGCACGAUUUAUCUAUGCACUCACAACGAAAACGUAGUCAUAUCCAUCUCGCGGGCUGCACGGCUUGUGUGCUGGGGCAGGACGGAACAAGACUCUAUGUGUGUACAAACGGGGGCAAAUCGGAGCCUGUCGAUGGGAAAACAGAGCCUGCGAGCAUCAUAG